GUGGGCCGCGCCCGCACAUGGCCGCGAUCAUGUCGCUGAGCGAGGACGUGGAGCGGCUCCUGAUCCAGUUCAGGGACGAGGCCGGGGAGCCCCUGGGCUCCCCCUUCGACGUCCCCAUCGGCAUCACCCCGGAGAAGCUGCAGCUGGUCUGCAACGCCCUCCUGCAGCAGGAUGAGCCGGUGCCUUUGGCCUUCUACGUCCACGAUGCCGAGAUCGUCGCGUCGCUGGAGAAGACCUUGGCGGGGCAGGCCCUGGAGACCGAGAAGGUGCUCGACAUCAUCUACCAGCCGCAGGCGGUGUUCAGGGUGCGGGCGGUGACGCGCUGCACCAGCUCCCUGGAGGGGCACACCGAGGCCGUCAUCUCCGUGGCCUUCAGCCCCACGGGAAAGUACCUGGCGAGUGGCUCCGGAGACACCACCGUCCGCUUCUGGGACCUCAGCACGGAGACGCCGCAGUUCACGGCCAAAGGCCACCGGCACUGGGUGCUCAGCAUCGCCUGGUCGCCUGACGGCAAGAAGCUGGCGUCGGGCUGCAAGAACGGCCAGAUCUUUCUCUGGGAUCCAGCCACGGGGAAUCAGAUCGGCCGAGUGCUCACCGGCCACUCCAAAUGGAUCACGUGGCUGUGCUGGGAACCGCUCCACAUAAGCCCUGAGUGCCGCUACCUGGCGAGUGCCUCCAAGGACGGCAGCAUCCGCAUCUGGGACACGCUCAUGGGCAGAUGUGACAAAAUCCUCACAGGCCACACACAGUCGGUGACGUGCGUGAAGUGGGGGGGAGACGGCCUGCUCUACUCCUCCUCCCAGGACAGAACCAUCAAAGUCUGGAGGAGCCAGGACGGGGUCCUCUGCCGCACACUGCAGGGCCACGCUCACUGGGUGAACACCAUGGCUCUUAGCACCGACUAUGUUCUCCGCACCGGGGCCUUCGAACCCGCCGAAGCCUCCAUCAACCCACAGGACGUGAGCGGCUCCCUGGCAGAACUGAAGGAAAAAGCACAGCAGAGGUAUGACCAAGUCAGGGGCCAGGGGCCAGAAAGGCUCGUCUCGGGGUCAGAUGAUUUCACGUUGUUUCUCUGGAGGCCAGCAGAAGACAAGAAGCCGCUGGAGAGAAUGACAGGCCACCAGGCGUUGAUCAACCAAGUCCUCUUCUCACCAGACACUCGCAUAAUAGCCAGUGCUUCCUUUGACAAGUCCAUAAAGCUCUGGGAUGGUAGGACAGGAAAGUACCUCACAUCGCUGAGAGGGCAUGUCUCAGCGGUGUAUCAAAUCGCUUGGUCAGCAGACAGCCGUUUGCUGGUGAGUGGGAGCAGUGACAGCACGCUGAAGGUCUGGGACGCCAAGACAAAGAAACUGGCCAUUGAUCUCCCCGGCCAUGCAGACGAGGUGUUUGCAACAGACUGGAGCCCGGAUGGACAGAGGGUAGCAAGUGGAGGGAAAGAUAAGUGUUUACGGAUAUGGCGUAGGUAGGAGCAGUGACCAGAAGCCACCAGUCUUCAACUGGCCCAGCCUUCGGCUCCAUCCGUCUGGGGAGAUCUGGGAGGCGAUGGAUAACAAAGGCCAUCCUGACCACGUCUCCUUGGACCCAUCAGCUGCUCUCCCCUCAUGGAUUCUUUCCUUAUAUUUAUUUAAGGAAUUUUUAAUUCCAGUUUUUACGAAGAGCUGUGCUUUGCAGGAUGAUUUCCUCUGAAUGUUACAGCAGGGAUAUCUCAUCUGCCUCCAUCUCAAGCUGCUUUUUAUUGAAAUUUCUGCCUUGCCGUAGCCUGCCUCCUUUAAAGGGAAAAGCAGAGGGUGGGGGCGGCUCAUGCUUUUUGCCUUAGGAAUGAUCCUGCAGGGAGGAAGGCUUUUGUGGGAGCAGAAAGGGAUAUCCUUGUGUGACCUUCAGAGGGGAGAGAGGAAGGGGAAAACACAGAACAUCGUAGCAUUGCAGACUGCCACCCAGCUGCGUGCCUGCGGCGAAGAGCUGCUGAGAAGAAGGCCUGGGGACUUCUCGUUACUCCAGCAGUAUUUUGCCUUUACACUCAUCCCGUUCGUUACAGGCUGUGCUGAGGGGCAUUUCAGUCAGUUGGUGAUCCUCCACAUCCACGGGGACGAAAGAGCCCUGCUUUGUUCAUGCACUCAGGGCUGGGGGCAACAGGCAUGGACUUUGUACUGCCAGAGCUGCACUGGGUUUUCAGGUCUCAGUGCUUUUUGGAGCUGGGGAAAUGACAGCGUUUGUGUCUCUGCGCAGGGACUCUCCAUUUCCCUUCCAUCGGGGAAAGGAAGGAAGGGAGGGAUGGGAAGUGGGAAGGAUGGAGCAGGUGUUUUGGGUGUUGUGUGUCCCCUGGCCUGGGUUUGUGUCAACAGCAAGGCUGGGGCUGCCUCUAAGAUCCCAUCGUGGCAAAUAGCAAAACUUCAUUGCUCGUGGUUAAAACAGUGCUUUUAAUAUUUGUAAGCUUGCUGUAAGCCCUGUUUAUUAUUUUAUUUUAUUUAGUCAAUACAAGCUUCCAACAGUCAUGAAGCAAUAGACUAGGGUUUAGUGUUUACUUCCAGGACAGUUAGAAAGCAGUGGAAAUUUAAAUGUGAUUAAUAAGGAAUAUAGAUUUUAUUCUCAGGUUUAGUUGCAGCAAGUUAACAUGAGGGCCAAAACAUUCUCCAUAGCCGUCAUACUGUGGUUGAUGCUCUGUGGUUAAUUCAACUCAAACCGGGUGUUUAGUUCUUGGAUGUUUCCUAGCUGCAAAAGAUAACAUUUUAGGACUUUGUUCCUGCUAGCAGGAUUGCUCUGGAGCAUGAAGAGGGGAUGUUGCAGUAAUGAUGUUAAUGGCUCUUUGCUUUUCUGCUCUUCAAAGUCAUGUGAGCAAAAGACUGGAACAAAGGGUUACGUCUUUGAUGUGACUGAGAACACAAAUUAUUGUCCCUUCUGUUGCUAUUAGUGUCUUUUUCCACCAGCUGGGUCAGCUGGCUCUAUCUUUGUGAGAUCUUUUGGGAAGAACUCCAUAUCCUGUAGCUGCUUUUUUGUUCAGGUGGGUUUUGGGGACUGUGAAGGCCAUGUUGUGCCCAUUUGCAUAAACUUCGCAUAAACAAAAGCUUGUGGCGGAGAGCGGUUUAAAGCUGUAGCUGGUACCUGUGCCCCUCAGGCGGCCGUGCUCUUGGCAGGGAGCGGCAUGCUGGCAACUGGCUUUUUCCACUGGGAGAGGGGCUGGUCUCCGUUUCGUCUCCCGAAGGGCCGCCCAGGUUGCCAUGCCCCGUUAGCCUGCAGCACGUUUCAUCGUAGGGACGGCCAGACUGCAGAGCCAGAGGGAGCGAGCCUGUUUGCAGGGGCUGCUUUGGCUCCUGCAAACGUGGGUGCGCGCGUACGUGCAGAACAUUUGCUUCUCCACUGAUUUCCAAAGCAAAGCAGCUGCCAUGCCCCGGCCGUGCUCCUCACCUAGGUAAGCUGUUAUGGUCCCUUCAGACUCUGCUUCUGUAGAACUUGGGAAUGAAUAGAAACUGAUUAAAACUCAACUUCCUGAGACUGGACCACAAAGCUUUUCCAAAGCAAAAUGCAAAUUCUUGAACAAACAGAUGGCCAGGAAGUAAGUUUGCACCAAAACAAGCUGUCCCGGCCUUAUUCUUUCCUUGACCUGAUAGUGGGCAGAUUUUUGAGCCCCACUAUGUGAUGACUUUGCGCAUAGACCAAAUUGUAUUUUCCUAUCUAAGCAGCUGCUACUAUUUUUAUCAUUCAUACAGUACCAGCCUUCAUGCAUAUGAAGUUCUGGCUCCUUUCCAUCUGUAUUCCUCAGCAAUCCCCUGCCACUCCUCCCAGCCGUACUUGGAUGCAUGCAGCGCUGCCUGGGCCUCAUUCUGCAGUCUGCUCGCUGCUCUGGGGCGCUGGGAGACCGCUGCUGUGUUUCACUUUGGAGGUGGCUGCCUUUUUAGCAGGAAGCAAAAAUUAGCACUUGAUCUCCCUUGCUCUCCUAGUGACGUGAACUUUAAUUAGUUAAUAGAAUUGCAUCUGCAGCUCUGGAUGGAAGGUUUUAUUAAUGUGCGAGGCAUUACUACUUUUUAUUAAAAUAC